AUGUACACGCGAGUGACGGGACCGAAUUUUACCCAUUGUCUAAAAAAGGAAGUAAUUACUGUCGGCCGCCGAAGUCCACUGCCAAUAGAUAUUUGCCUUGGAGAAUCGGAUUGUAUUUCAAGGAAGCAUCUUGAAUUACAUACAAUUAAUGGAUCAUUAUUUCUUCGAAUCCUCGGCAAAAAUGGAAUUUUUGUCGAUGAGGAAUUUCAAAUGUUUAGCGAGAAACUUGUUCCUGUGCCCAAUUGCUGCAGAUUAAGAUUUCCCAGCACGCCUAUCACUUUGGUUGUCGAAGUUCUAGAUUCAAGCUCUGGUUCUAGACAUCCCAAAAAGCGAACUAUUUGGAGAUACUCAGCAGAGAUUGCCGGCCUUGCGGAUUUAACUUCGGAGAUUUCGGAUUAUCCUGUAGAAAAACGACUGAAAUUGGAUGCAGAUGAAACUCCUCAACCACUCGAAAAAUCAGCAUCUCAGGGCAAUUACAAUGCUCUCAUUUCUGAUUCUUCUACUAAUGCUCCUCGGUGUAAAUCAGAAUCUACUGAGCCUUUCUCCACCCCUGAGCCCUGUUCUCCAUCUGACACACCCCUCUCGAACUCCACACAAACCAAAACUAGACGCCUAGAUGCCACUACAGCUUCCAACAACAACGAUCAACCGACCUCUCUCCGUUUUCCAAAUCUCCUAGCAGGUUAG